UGCAAAUCUUAAUGGAAAUCUAGUACAGUUUCCAAUCAGAGGGGAAGGGCUGACGACGAGGCGAGUACAGGGGAGAGGAAGAACGGGCCUAGCUUCUCGUUUUCCGUGUUUUUUCUUUUUAUAUAAUGUUCACAAUUUGUCUGAUAACGUAGUGAAAUCAGGGUAGCUAGCUAACGAGUUUUCCGAGCGCAUUCCGUUGUUUCGUAGCACCGCUUGCGACACGGUUCGUAGAUUAGCUUGCUAAUGUGGCUUGGUGGUUUAGCUCGCUAACCUCUAUGAUGUGGACCGUGUACUUGCAAGAAACGCAUUUCAGAUAAUUUUAGGAGUGUUUAUUUGUAUAGCUAAAUUUGAAGUUCCGCGGUUGCUUACGAGCUUAUUAUCGUUUUGCCAGCUCGUUAUCUGCGCCCAGUGUCAACAAGAUUGAUGACUAGCAGCAACAAUGGCUAACAAAUCGGCCAGACAUGCCCAGCUCAAAACGGGAAAUAGCGCUUAAGCAACACCCGAUACCUAGCCAGGGAUCGUUUUAAGGAAGUAUUUUAUAUCCGAUAACCUUCCAUUAAUUUGUUUGUGGCGUUGGAUGUCGACGUUUUUCUCGAAGUUCCCGUUGUUUACAACCACGACCACGAGCGGGCGGCCCGCCUGUCGCGGUGUUUAGUUGAGCAGUCUGCCGGAUUGGCACGUCGGGCUGCACUCGGGCCUUGCUUUCGGGCUGCGGCCGAGGUCCGCCAUGGGCGACAGCAGAGACUCGCGCAGUCCAGACAGCUCCUCGGUCUCGUCCCCCUCGCCCGCUCAGCGCUCGCCCCCUCUGGCGCCGUCGGCCGCCGCCAUGACUUCGCUGCCCCCCAUCACUUCCGCCGUCAACAGUCCCAUCAGCACCAUGGGCUCUCCCUUCUCCGUCAUCAGCUCCUCCCUGGGCUCUCCCUGCAUACCCGGGACCCCUUCCGUGGGCUAUGGGCCAAUCAGCAGCCCCCAGAUAAACUCCACGGUGUCCAUGUCGGGUCUGCACGCGGUCAGCAGCUCUGACGACGUGAAGCCUCCCUUUGGGCUGAAGCCCCUGGGCAGCCACAGCCCCGGGCCCAUGCUGUCCCAAAAGCGCCUCUGCGCCAUCUGUGGGGACCGCUCCUCCGGUAAGCACUAUGGUGUGUACAGCUGUGAGGGCUGCAAGGGCUUCUUCAAGCGCACGGUGAGGAAGGACCUGAGCUACACCUGCCGCGACAACAAGGACUGCCUGGUGGACAAGCGCCAGCGCAACCGCUGCCAGUACUGCCGCUACCAGAAGUGCCUGGCCAUGGGCAUGAAGCGGGAAGUGGUCCAAGAUGAACGACAGAGAUCCGUGCAGGAGGAGAGGCAGCGGAACAAGGAGCGGGACGGCGAGGUGGAGUCCACCAGCGCCGUCAACGAGGAGAUGCCGGUGGAGAAGAUCCUGGAGGCGGAGAUGGCCGUGGAGCAGAAGACCGAACUGCACGCGGACGGGAGCUCUGGGGGGAGCUCGCCCAACGACCCCGUCACCAACAUCUGCCAGGCGGCCGACAAGCAGCUCUUCACCCUGGUGGAGUGGGCCAAGAGGAUCCCGCACUUCUCCGAGUUGGCGCUGGACGACCAGGUCAUCCUGCUCCGUGCCGGUUGGAACGAGCUCCUGAUCGCGUCCUUCUCGCACCGCUCCAUCACGGUGAAGGACGGCAUCCUGCUGGCCACCGGGCUGCACGUGCACCGCAACAGCGCCCACAGCGCCGGCGUGGGGGCCAUCUUCGACAGGGAGAGUGCGCACAAUGCAGAGGUUGGGGCCAUAUUUGACAGGGUGCUCACGGAGCUCGUCAGUAAGAUGAGGGACAUGCAGAUGGACAAGACCGAACUCGGGUGCCUGCGAGCGAUCAUCCUCUUCAACCCAGACGCCAAAGGCCUGUCCAGCCCCAGCGAGGUGGAGCUGCUGAGGGAGAAGGUGUACGCUUCCCUGGAGGCCUACUGCAAACAGAGAUACCCAGACCAGCAGGGCAGGUUUGCCAAGCUCCUCCUCCGGCUCCCAGCACUGCGCUCCAUUGGCCUGAAGUGCCUGGAGCACCUCUUCUUCUUCAAGCUGAUUGGUGACACGCCCAUCGACACUUUCCUCAUGGAGAUGCUGGAGGCGCCCCAUCAGCUGACGUAGGCCCCGUGGGAGGAGCCAGGAUGACACCCCCACCCUAAACCCUCCCCCCCCCCCCC